CAGCUCCCGGCCCCGGAGCAUGCGUGAGAGCCGCCCCGGAGACCCCUGCCGCCCCUCCCGCGGCGCCCCUCGCCCUGCUGCCAGCGCACCCCCGGACGCUAUGGCCCACCCCUCCUGCUGGCCCCUCGUGUAGGAUGGUGGCACACAACCAGGUGGCAGCCGACAAUGCAAUCUCCACAGCAGCAGAGCCCCGACGGCGGCCAGAAUCUUCCUCUUCCUCCUCCUCGCCCGUGGCCCCUGUGCGCGCGCGGCCCUGCCCGGCAGUCCCAGCUCCGGCCCCGGGCGACACGCACUUCCGCACGUUCCGCUCGCAUGCCGAGUACCGGCGCAUCACCCGCACCAGCGCGCUCCUCGACGCCUGCGGCUUCUACUGGGGACCCCUGAGUGUGCACGGGGCACAUGAGCGGCUUCGUGCCGAGCCCGUGGGCACCUUCUUAGUGCGCGACAGCCGCCAGCGGAACUGCUUCUUCGCCCUCAGCGUGAAGAUGGCCUCGGGCCCCACAAGCAUACGCGUGCACUUCCAGGCUGGCCGCUUCCAUCUGGACGGCAGCCGCGAGAGCUUCGAUUGCCUCUUCGAGCUGCUCGAGCACUACGUGGCAGCGCCGCGCCGCAUGCUGGGGACCCCUCUUCGCCAGCGCCGCGUACGGCCGCUGCAGGAGCUGUGUCGCCAGCGCAUCGUGGCCACCGUGGGCCGUGAAAACCUGGCCCGCAUCCCCCUCAACCCUGUCCUCCGUGACUACUUGAGCUCCUUCCCCUACCAGAUCUGACCGGCCGCGCAGGCAGCAUUAACUGGGGCUCCUUAUUAUUUUUAAUUAAUUAUUAUUUCCCU